GGAGCAGCCCAAGUCCAAGGAACCACAUAAGCAAAAACGAAGGCAUCAUAGUAUCAUAUUGUUAUCUGAAAUGGCAACUGUUCCUGCUCGUCUCUGUUAUCUCUCCACAAACCCCACAACCAGAAACCUCAACUUCUCAGUUUUAAAACCAAAUGUGUUGUCACUGCGUUCAUUCUCUCUUCCUCAAAAACACUAUCUUCGUCUCCGUCCCUGCAAGUGUUCCUCCACCGCCCCCGUGUCCACCACCACCUACGAGUUUUCUGAUGGUUCUUCGGAGGUGGAGUUAAGAUUAAACAUAGGAGGUUUGGAUGUCCGAAGCUCCAGAGAUAUAUUGGUUGAUACAAAUGAUACCUCUUUAGCUAUCAGAGUGUUGCGGCCAGGAUCUCCCAUCACACUCAUAGAAACUAAUCCUCUUUUUGAUAGGGUUAAAUCCUCCGAAACAAUAUGGUAUAUAGAUGAUGAUCAACUUGUUGUGAACUUCAAGAAACAGGACCCAGAUUUGAAAUGGCCUGACAUCAUGGAGUCCUGGGAAUCACUUACUGCAGGAUCUCCACAACUUUUGCAAGGGACAUCCAUCUAUCUUGUUGGUGAUUCAACCGAAAUCAAUCAAAAAGUGGCUCAAGAGCUAGCAACUGGUCUUGGGUACACUCCACUGAGCACGAAAGAGUUACUGGAAUUAUAUACUAAGCAGACUGUGGAUUCAUGGCUGCUCGCUGAAGGCUCUGACUCAGUAGCAGAAGCAGAAAGUGCUGUACUUGAAAGCAUAAGUAGUCAUGCUAGGGCAGUAGUUGCAACAUUAGGAGGGCAACACAGUGCUGCUGGAAGAGCUGGUAAAUGGCAACAUCUUUAUGCAGGAUUUACUGUCUGGUUGUCAAAGACUGAAGCACUAGAUGAAGAUUCUGCAAGGCUGGAGACCCAUAAAAACGUCAAAGAUGGCAUAAUUUCAUACACAAAUGCAGAUGUAGUUGUUAAGCUACAGGGCUGGGAUCCUGCUUAUGCCAAAAGUGUGGCACAAGCAUGUUUAAGUGCCCUAAAACAGUUAAUCCAGUCAGACAAGAAACUUCCAGGUAAAAAAAGCCUCUACAUAAGAUUGGGAUGUCGGGGUGAUUGGCCAAACAUCAAACCCCCUGGUUGGGAUCCAUCAAGUGAAGGUAACACAACUCUUGGUACACAGUAAUGAUGCUUGAAAUUAGUGAGUAACAUGUAAUUUGUUUAUACAAGUUUUUCUGCCACAAAUGUAAUAUAAGAGACAGCUUCAUUGAUGUUAUUCUACUCAGCAAAACCAAAAGCUCCGUAGUUUGAUAACUAAGUGAUGGAUGCUGUAACAUAAUUAAGGACUUGUUGGUCACAAAACUGGUCAUACAACCUUUUGAACUGCUGUGGACUGUUUCGAUUAAAGGAAUGGCGGGAAAAGUAGCCAAAUGAUGAUUGGCUGAAGGGUAGACAGAUUUUCUGUCUUGUUGGAAGAGACAAGGAGUUUGCGGCUGAUAUAAAAUGUGAUUAGCCGUUCAAUAUGUAAUGAUGACAAAAUUCAACCUCUCACUCCUUUAAAUGGGA